AUAAGAGAAAGUGAGGCGCUGCCCGUGGCUCCCCGCUAGGACGGCGGUGACAGCUCGCUUCUGGCGUCAGUGAAAGUUCCAGGAGCUUCGGGAGCUGCAGCUGCGGUGGCGAGAGGCGGGUCUCGGGAGACCCCGGCCUUGCGGCGUCUCACUGUGGUUAGGGGUGGUGGUUGUAAAGGCACACAAGCCCUUCGGAAGGCGCAGGGAGCAAGAGGAGUCCCUUGCCCCAACUUUCACUGGCGGUUAGGGGGUACUAAGCGCCCAGCCAGAGCCUCCGAGUGCCUGGACCCGUCCUUCGGAAGCCUGAGCCAGACCUGAACCCAGUCCAAGACAGCUUUCUUUCAGAUGCGAGCUGUCUUACAAACACUAAGUGAUUUGCCGCAGGUGACUGUUGUGUGAGCAUUGGGGCCCAGGCCACCACCGUGUCAACUUUCCCUAGGACUAAAGGAGUGCUCGAUCUGAAUGGCUUCAGGCUGGUUUUACCUGACCUGCCUCGUGCUGGGGUCCCUGGGCUCCAUGUCUGUUCUCUUCACCGCCUACUGGAUGCAGUACUGGCGUGGCGGCUUUGCCUGGGAUGGCAGCACCCACAUGUUCAACUGGCACCCAGUGCUCAUGGUCACUGGCAUGGUAGUACUUUAUGGAGCUGCGUCGCUGGUGUACCGUCUGCCGCAGUCCUGGGUGGGGCCCAAGCUGCCCUGGAAAUUCCUCCACGCAGGCCUACACCUGAUGGCCUUCAUCUUCACCGUUGUGGGGCUGGUCGCAGUCUUCGAGUUUCACAGCCAUGAAAAUAUCGCCAACCUCUACUCUCUGCACAGCUGGCUGGGCAUCACCACUGUCAUCCUCUUCGCCUGCCAGUGGGUCCUGGGAUUUGCCGUCUUCCUCCUGCCCUGGGCAUCCCUGUGGCUGCGCAGCCUCCUGAAACCCAUCCACGUGUUCUUCGGAGCCUCCAUCCUCACCCUGUCUGUUGCCUCUGUCAUUUCCGGCAUUAACGAGAAGCUUAUCUUCAGCUUGAAAGAUCCAGGCAAGCCGUACUCCAGCCUGCCCCCCGAGGCCGUCUUUGCCAAUAGCACUGGGUUGCUGGUGCUGGCCUUCGGGCUGCUGGUACUCUAUAUCCUUUUGGCUUCAUCUUGGAAGCGGCCAGAGCCAGGGAGCCUCACUGACAGACAGCCUCUGCUGCAUGAUGGGGAAUGAAGUGGGGAGGGGCUUCAGGACCACCUGGUGGUGCAGUCUGCACUCCUCUCAGAAGCGUUCCUACUCCUGGGCUCCCGGCUGACUGCGGAACAAUCUUUGGGUGCUGGGCCCAAACUUCUCCUUGCCACGGGAACAGGUCUACUCUCUCCAGCCACGUGCUGCCCAUCUGCUUUUCUUGAUGGCUUUGGCUUCUUGUCGUGGACUUCUCAGGUCCUCUGUUUCCACAAGAUCCUGCUUGCCCUGGUCGCUCCUGCUGCACCUGUCCUGUGUGGAGUCAGGCUGACUGCCCCUUUCGACUCCUAGGGAUGUGCUAGACAAUCCCGACAGCUCAGAGGAACUGGGACUCAAGUGCAGCCCACGCUGUGGAAGCUGAGGGAGUCAGUUUUCCCCUUGAGGGCAUGCAUCUCAGUGCACCCACUCCCCAGGAAGCCACUCAUCCGCUUUGUUGUCCCCAGCCAGCCCACCUGGAUGUGAGGCUGGGCAGAGACCACCGAAGAAGGCAUGGAGGGUGGCAGAAAGCAGCUUCUGCAGGGGCACAGGUGGAGGAGCUGGCAGCUCUGAGCUGCCGGUUCACAUCACUGCACUGUGCUCUGCGUGUGUGUCCAUGUGUUCACAUGUGUGACCACGUGGCUCCACCUCUUCCAGCUGCUGCUACAGCGGGGGUCUGGAUCGCAGCCUUUUCCUGUGACUUACGUGCCUGUCACCGUCAGGCAGUCCCUCGGGCCCUGGUAACCUGCUCUCCAAGAACAGACGGGCUGUUCCCAGAUGUCCUGGUAGUGAUGAGUAGAGAGGUAGUGGGUUCCUGUUACUUCCCUUUGCUGGGUCAGGGCUUCCUGCCCACUGGGGCCCAAGCCCACCUAUGCUUCCCUCUCCCACUCAUCAUGAAACCAUAACUGUGGUGCACCGUGCCCAGCAGGCCCCAGAAGCCUCUUUCAUAGGUCUCCUUUGCUGAGCAUCAGCUGUCCUGCCCCCACAGUGGCCACUUACCUAGCUUAACUCCGUCUUCUGGGUGAGGGAGGGAGGAGUCUCGCUCCUCUACCACCACUGUGGCUUUUCUUGCCUUCUCCAAGCAAGCCUGGACAGGCACCAUCUCACUGGAAUACCCGGGUUUGAUCUCCAGCUCUGGCUCCUGACUCUGGCUUCCCUUCCCUGCAAGGUAGCAGUGAUGGUUCAAGUAGCUGGGUUCCUACUGUCCACAUGGGAGACAUGGCUUGAAUUCUGGGCUCCCCAGCUUUGGCCCCUUGACUGUUACGGACAUUUGGAGAGUGAACUAGUGGAUGUAAGCUUUGUCUCUGUAAUGUAUAAAUAAAAAUUUUAAAAAAUCAUCAAAUAA